UCGAUCUCACGGGUCGUGACACCGGAAAAGCGAACGAAAUGGCGCCACUUUCCCGCCUCCUCGUGGCCGUGGCGCUCCUCCACGCCGCCGCCGCCGCGGCAACCGCCUCUAACGUCCACGGUGACCACCGCAACAGCAAGCCACGCUACGAUCGCGUCUUCAGCUUCGGCGACUCCCUCACCGAUACCGGGAACGCGCUGCACCUCUCGCCCAGCGGCGGAGGGCCCGCGAGCCGGCCGCCCUACGGCGAGACCUUCUUCCGUCGCCCUACCGGCCGCGCAUCCGACGGCCGGCUCGUCGUCGACUUCAUCGUUGAGGCGCUGGGCUUACCGCACCCGACGCCGUACCUCGCCGGGAAGGCGGCGGCGGAUUUCCGCCGCGGCGUGAACUUCGCGGUGGGCGGGGCGACGGCGCUUGACGUGCACUUCUUCGAGAGCAGAGGACUGGCGCCGUUCGUGCCCGUCUCUCUUAACAACCAGACAAGCUGGCUCAAGAAUGUUUUACAGCUUUUUGGCUCAGCUAAAGAGCAGAGGAAGAUCACGUCGACGUCCCUCUUCCUCGUCGGAGAGAUCGGGGUCAACGACUACUUCAUCGCCGCCCUCGGCCGGAACCGCACCGUCGGCGAGGUGAAGGCCUUCGUGCCGCGCAUAGUUGCUGCCAUCCGUUCGGUCGUCACCGACGUGAUCGCCACCGGAGCAAGCACGGUGGUGGUCCCGGGGAUGAUCCCGCUGGGCUGCGAGCCGCAGCUGCUCGCGCAGUACAAGGGCACCGUCGGCGCCGGCGGCUACGACCCGGAGUCCGGCUGCCUCACGCGCCUCAACGGCCUCGCCGAGCUGCACAACCGCGAGCUGCGCCGCGUGCUCGCCGGCCUCCGCCGCGCCCACCCCGGCACGGCCAUCGUCUACGCCGACCUCUACCGGACCGUCACCGACCUCGUCGUGUCUCCCGCCAAAUACGGUUUCAGGAGCAGGCCGUUGGUGGCGUGCUGCGGCGGCGGUGGCGGCGCGUACAACUUCGACGACACCGCGUUCUGCGGCGCGGUGGGGACGGCGGCGUGCGCGGACCCGUCGGAGUACGUGUCCUGGGACGGGGUGCACUUCACAGAGGCCGCCAACAGGCGCAUCGCCUGCGCCGUGCUCGAGGGGUCUCACGGCGCCGACGCGCCGACGCUGUCCAACUCAUGGGCCACGAUGGAGGCUUGGCGUCGUAGGAUUGGCUGCGUCUAGCAGUCUGGUUCCCGUGCCAGGUUGAGGACAGAGUCGAUCGGGCUACCCCGUGGGCUGCACGUGUAUACCUAGCCAUCAGGCCAUUUCAAUACUUAGGACAAAAAGAAUUUUCCAUGUAGUAUUUCCAUUUGAUUAUUGACAAUGAUACGUAGGUAUAGGAGUCAAAUUAAGGGCAUAAUUAACACGGAUAUGCUGCAAUUGAUGUGACUAGCAGCUACUUGGGAGGGAGACCACCUUAGCUUGUUCCACAAUCUCUGCGAUAAGCUGUGACUUGCAAGUUCAUCACUCUACCCCACCACCCGGUCCAGAUCCAAAGUACACAUUAUGGUCACACAUCGUUCUCAUCUUCCAGUGCCUUGAUUCU